AAUUUUUAGGACUACUGCUUACACGAGUUAUCCACCACGUAUAGUGCAAACCGAAGAAAUGUCGCCAGGAAUGUAAGAAAUCUUGCCCGGUGGUCCGCACCGGCAAGCUCUGCAUUGAAGUCAGCCCGGACUCGAAAAUCGCAUUUAUUUCCGAGCGCCUCUGUAUCGGUUGUGGUAUCUGCCCCAAGAAAUGUCCUUUUGGCGCUAUCCACAUCAUCAACUUGCCCACCAACUUGGAGAGCGAAGUUACCCACCGUUAUUCCGCCAACAGCUUCAAGCUUCACCGACUUCCGAUGCCUCGUCCUGGACAGGUACUCGGUCUGGUUGGUACAAACGGUAUCGGAAAGAGUACAGCCUUGAAGAUCCUCAGCGGAAAGUUGAAGCCCAAUCUGGGUCGAUAUGACAACCCGCCAGACUGGGAGGAAAUUCUGAGAUACUUCCGUGGUUCUGAGCUCCAGAAUUAUUUCACCAAGGUCCUUGAGGAUAACUUGAAGGCUGUUGUGAAGCCUCAGUAUGUCGAUCAGAUCCCCAGGGCAGUCAAGGGUCCCCUUCAGAAGGUCGGGGAGCUCAUCAAGAGCCGCACUCAAAUGGAUAACAUGGAGCACAUCAUGAAGGUCCUUGAACUGAAGCAGGUUGAGAACCGUGAGAUUAGUCUGCUUUCCGGUGGAGAGCUUCAGCGUUUCGCCAUUGGCUUGGUUUGCGUGCAGAAGGCUGACGUGUAUAUGUUCGACGAACCUUCAUCCUAUCUUGAUGUCAAGCAGCGCCUGGCUGCUGCCCGCACUAUUCGGGAGCUUCUCCGUCCUGAUGACUACGUCAUUGUUGUCGAGCACGAUCUGUCUGUGCUUGAUUAUUUGUCCGAUUUCAUCUGUGUGCUUUAUGGUCGUCCUGCUGUCUACGGUGUGGUCACUCUGCCUUCCUCCGUCCGCGAAGGUAUCAACAUCUUCUUGGAUGGUCACAUCCCUACCGAGAACUUGCGCUUCAGAGAAGAGUCCCUCACUUUCCGUCUUGCUGAGGCUGGUGACGACCUGAUUGUCGACAAGAAUCGUGGCUUCAGCUACCCUACCAUGGAGAAGACUCUGGGCAGCUUCCACCUCAAGAUCGAUUCUGGCAAGUUCACUGAUUCGGAAAUCAUCGUCAUGAUGGGUGAAAACGGAACCGGCAAGACUACAUUCUGUAAAAUGCUCGCUGGCGCUGAGAAACCUGAUGGAAGCGCCUCUAUUCCUCGCAUGAACAUCAGCAUGAAGCCCCAGAAGAUCACUCCCAAGUUCCAGGGUACUGUUCGCCAGCUGUUCUUCAAGCGUAUUAAGGCGGCAUUCCUGAACCCUCAGUUCCAGACCGAUGUGUACAAGCCUCUCAAGAUCGACGACUUCAUUGACCAGGAGGUGCAGAACCUGUCCGGUGGUGAAUUGCAGCGAGUUGCUAUUGUCUUGGCUCUCGGUAUGCCCGCCGACAUCUAUCUUAUUGACGAGCCUAGCGCCUAUCUCGACUCCGAGCAGCGUAUUGUUGCCGCCAGAGUUAUUAAGCGUUUCAUCAUGCACUCCAAGAAGACUGCUUUCAUCGUCGAGCACGAUUUCAUCAUGGCUACUUACCUUGCCGAUCGUGUGAUUGUCUUUGAUGGAAAGCCGUCCGUUGAUGCUCAUGCCAACACCCCCGAGUCCCUCCUCACUGGUUGCAAUAAGUUCCUGAAGAAUUUGGAUGUCACCUUCCGUCGUGAUCCUAACAGUUUCCGUCCUCGUAUCAACAAGUACAACAGUCAGAUGGACCAGGAACAGAAGCUCAGUGGAAAUUACGUAAGUACCCUUACAUACAGCAUCGCCGGCAAGAGCAUAUACUUGCUACAACCCUUUCCCCCCCUGCUCUUUCUUGCUGACUCCCAAUCUAGUACUUCCUGGAGGAAGAGAACUGAAGGGGGCGUCCCUUAUAAGCAUCACCGCGAGCGUCACAGACGUGAUGAGCGCGAGUCUGACUGGCGAAGAGAUCGGCGUCGUCGCCGCGAAAAUAAUCGGUUAAGGGCGUUUCCCGGCGUUUCCGGCGCUUCCGCUUCUUGUACGAAACGACACUGUCGGCGGGCGUAUCUACUUGGAGAUGAAGCGAAUGCCUCGGAGGAUGAUGAUGAAGACGACAAUUCCGACUCGGACAGCGGUCUACCUCCUGUCUCUGCACCGCUUCCAGUUCGUCUUAUAUUGUCAGUCAUCUGAGAGCGUCAUGCUUUUCGAUCCUCAUACGCACGCCUCGUAUUGGAAGCCUUGAUUUGGAAUUUCUCUUGAUAUACUUGGGUUGGAGGGUUGAAAAGGGGAUUGUCAUUGAGCCCUAGGGCAAAUCAAAAAGCAUCAACGACGUUAUGAUAAUAGAUGGCUGUUUCAUUUACAUGAUGGGACUUGCUUGGGAGAAGAGGUGCUAGCGGCGGGUCAAGUUAGGUGGCCUCUGUCAUAUCUGUGUGUUAGGAGUAUAGUUAAUUGAACAUGGAUUCUCAAGUUUAUUUU